AUGUUGCGUAACUCGCGACUGCAGGCAUCCACAGCGGGUGCACAGGGCGCGCCUCCUGCCGCCACCGCCCACCUGCCGCCCACCUGCCGCCCACCUGCCGCCCUGUUGCGUCGCCCACUGCGCCGCCCGUCGCCCACGCGCCACCCCGCCCAGCGGCUGAGACUUCCACACCGCGCGGCCUGCCAACCACCUGCGCCGCCCACCUGCCGCCCAGAGGCGCCGCCCACUGACGCCGCCGCCGCCGCCGCCCACGCGUCGCCCCGCCCAGCUGCCGAGACUUCCGCGCAGCGCGGCCUGCCGACCACCUGCGCCGCCCACCUGCCGCCCACUGACGCCGCCCGUCGCCCACGCGCCGCCCCGCCCAGCGGCCGAGACUUCCGCGCCAUGCGGCCUGCCAACCACCUUCAGCGCCCACCUGGCGCCCAGAGGCGCCGCCCACUGACGCCGCCGUCGCCCACGCGCCACCCCGCCCAGCUGCCGAGACUUCCGCGCAGCGCGGCCUGCCGCCCACCUGCGCCGCCCACCUGUCCCUCAGAGGCACUGCCCCACGUUCGCUGCCGACCAGCCAGCUGCUGCCAUCUCCGCUAG